AAUUCAAAAUAUCAUAUCUUAAAUUGUAGAGUAUGUACAUAUCAUCAGACUCUCAACUAUGAGAAAAAAUUAGGGUUUUAAAAAUCAAUCAUCAUCGAUUUCAACCAAACGAUGCUUGAGUGUCAAUCGAUGAUGGAGAAAUUAUCACCGUUCAUGGACAUGGCUUCACUAGAGAUCGAGUCUUUGCGAAGGAUCAAACGCAGCAAACGCGAUGAAGCAGAAGAAGAAGAAAAAGAAGAAUCGGAGGAGUCUACGACGUCGUCUUCGUCAUCAAACGCGUAUUUCGGAUUCCCUCACUUACCCGAAGAACCGACGAAUCACGAUUUCGAUCAAAGCGUUUUGUGUAGAAUCCGCGUUCGGUUACCUGACGGGAGGAUAACGCAGAGGAGUUUCUUGAAGAGUGAAUCGGUUCAGCUUCUUUGGUCGUAUUGUAAUUCGCAGAUUGAUGAAUCGGAGAGGAAGCUGUUUAAGCUGAUCCAAGCGUUUCCUGGGGAUUACAAGACUCUUCAUUAUGGAUCUAAUACGACUUUUGAACAAUCUGGGCUUGCCAAUUCUGUUGUUUCCGUUACUUGGGUCUGAAGUGAUGAUUGAUGGUUGUUUGGGUUC